UCCUGGAUCUAUCUGUGUCUCUCUCUAUUUCUCUCUCUAUACGUAUACAUAUACAUACAUACAUUGAAGUUUCUUCUUCUCUAAGUUAGUUAGUUAUUAUUGAAUUAUAUAUUGGAAUCAUGAUGAAAAAGAAGAUAACGAUCUCAUUUCUGCUCGUAUUUUGCUGCUGUUUAAUCUCUUUUUCUACUUCAUCUCCACUUUCCAUUUCAGAUGGUGUUUUCAGCAGCUCUGAUUCUUCUUCAUUUGGACGGGCUCUUCUUCAAGCUAAAAAACCGUGCCCCGUGAACUUUGAGUUCAUGAAUUACACAAUCAUAACCAGCCAAUGCAAAGGACCACGAUACCCUGCUGAUAUAUGUUGUCAAGCUUUUAAAGACUUUGCUUGCCCUUACGCUGAUGACUUGAACGAUUUGUCAAAUGAGUGUUCGACUACCAUGUUCAGUUACAUCAAUCUCUACGGUUCUUAUCCACCUGGGCUUUUUUCUAGCUUGUGUCGGGAUGACAAAGUCGGGCUCAUCUGCCCUGCUUCAGCACCAGGAUCAGGAAGAAACGGUGUCGGGGCUGAUACUAAUAACAGCCAUAACAUCCGCAGCCCGUCAAUGCUGUUAACAUUAACUAUGGGAUUUAUAGCAUUCUUGUUCCGGUGGUUUUAAAAGCUCAAGGUCUUGUUUACCCACGUUAAACUACGCCUGUAAGUUUGUUUGAGUUAUAUUGUUGGUUAUUGUCGGAACUACUGUAUUAGAUAUAGCCUGCGGAUGAAAUCUUUACAUUCAUGUAUAAUUAUAUUUAUUUAUUAUUAGUAUCUUUCGGUUUUUCAUACAGAGAAAUGAUAAAUCUUAUAACAAAUUUGUGUAAUUGGUUACA